AUGCCGAAGUGUGGGUCUGGAUUUGUAUAUUGUAUAUGUAUAUACAGCUCCAAGCACUUGAGGCAUGUUGACGCCUGGACUCCUUUCCAAUGUCGUCCCUGUGAGGCGUACGUCCCCAAGGAGCACCGACAAUUCUUGGAUCGGCUCCGGAACGCACCGCAGAGCGUCAAGCGAUUCGUUGAGUCCCGCAAGAACACCGUGGAGGAAAAGACUUGGUAUGCUUUGGCAGGUGCCUUCAAUGCAUGCAUUUCGCGAGUGCUUGACUUCCGAUGGAGGCACUGGAGCUUUGUGGAGCAAUUCAUCGUGCGGCCGUCAACUGCUGGCUUCUCUUCCAGCGCCGGCUCGGUCUGCCCGGUAAUCCAUGUGGACAGCAGCCCCAGUGGGCCGCAACAGCCCGUCGUUGGAACAGGAGGGACGACUUUCGACUACCUGCAGCAGCACAUCACGGACUCCCAGAUGGCCCGAAUUCCAUUGUGGUCGAAGCAUGACAUUCUGCAGCGCACGCCGGAGCUUCAGGCUGUUCAAGCGCAUGUCGACAAGGAGAGGAAGGACCUUGCAAAUAUUCCGCCCCUCAAUGAGGUGGAUGGUCUGUGGGAUGCAGCUGGCCCGAACGGCUUUGUGACGCAUCGCUUGGGCGCCCUGAACGGCUGGUGCUCGGGUUUCAAGGCGCCCCACCCUGGAUGCCAGGCUUUGGCCCAUCUGGCUGCAAGUAUCCCUACGCAUUGCUUCUCAUGUCAUGAGGAAGCCGGCGAGCAGUCGUUCAUCCAUCCCUUUGUCGCGAGGUGCGACGCUCGCCAGGAAGAGCUCGAAAGCCUCGUGGCACCUUCCUCGACUGGGCCGCCGGCAGAAAGCUUGAGCAUUGCAGACUUGGAGCAUGCGUGGCUGCUGCUCUGCCACGUCGCUUGCGCAUACCGGAGCAUGAAAGCGCACUCCGACCCCAAAGUCGUGGUGGAUCCUGCUGCCAGCACGUCCGGACCGCCACGUCCUGCUGCACUCGCGAAGGAGCUGGAGAAUGACUGGCUGGAAAACGUGGCAAAGCAAUUCGCGGAAAUCAUUGAUCGUCCUUUUCACGGAGUACCCGAGUAUGCGGAGUUGGUGCUCAACAACUGGUACGUCCCGGGUUACCCGAGCAAUGGCAAAGAGGGCGAAGCCUUCAUCAUUUCUCGGGAAAACAUCCAUUUGGUUCAGCCGGCAUGCCGAUUUCUGGCUUUGCCGGAUGAGGAGUGGUAUAGGAAGCUCCACCUUGUGCUGGAAGCGGAGGGCGGUCGCGCCAUCGCAGCCGCACACCAGUCCAUUCGAAGUGCCAUGAAGCAGCGGAACAACCGUGAGAUUGUUGGUUCGCUUUGCCAGCUCGCGAGUGACAUCGACUGUCUUAGUGAGUUCCAGCGGAAUCAAUUUGACAACAAAGACUCGCGCGGAGAAGCUAUCAUGAUGCAGCGAUUGCGGCCUUUCGUGAGUCCGAAUUUGGCCGACACAGAAUUCGCAGUAUGGAUUUAUACGGAAGGAUCUUCGCCCUUGCUGCCUGCCCUACACGCAAUUCUUGGGCUGCGUAAGCUGGAUGGAAUCUCGGGCCCACUGCAGGAACAUUGGCAGCAGCAGGGGCGAGUGUGCAUGCCGGCAAACCAUCGCGACUUCCUCGACAGCCUGGAAAGCGAGCAGUCAGUACGAGCCUACUGUCUCCGCGAAUGGAGACACGAAUCGGUGGAGGGGAUUGCUGCUCUUGAGGAUGCCUUUAACAACUGCAUCGAGGCCCUCCUGCGGUAUUGUUCCCUUCGGCAGAGGCUGGUUCUCAGGAUGUUCCCAGGCGUGGCGAAGAUCAAGAAUCUAAGUGCUGAGCAAGAGCAGGUGAUCCGCACGGGGCGAGUGUCAUUGCUCCAAAUGCGGCGGGUAGCUGAUGCGCAGAGGAUGCAUUUGUCCACAAAAGCGCUCUCUGGUUUGUUGCCGAACGUCGGCGGACCGCCGAAGUUUGAGACGUGUGGCUACUAG